CACACAGGUAGGCUAAACAUGGCAUCUCCAAGGAACUACUAUCUUGCAAGAUGCUUAUCCCUGUGCUUUUUAAUCAUCCUAAUGUCCUUUGCUGAUGCUGCAUCAUUUCAGUACUACCAAGUGCCACAACAGGAGCAAGAUUACAGAAUGAAGAGUUUACAAAGGCUGCCAAGCCCAGAUAUGUUGAAGGCACUAGAGUACAUUGAGAACCUCAGGAAGCAAGGAAGCAGAACUGAGAUCCUCCCUGACUAUACCUCCUACCAAGGGGCACCAUUCCUCUCUGAGCAGAAGGAAGGACAACCAAUUUCACCAGACAGUGCCAAACCACUCCUAAAUGAUGAUGAGUCUGAGUGGAUGAAAGCAAUGUUGGAAGCUUUGAUGCAAGCAGAAAAAGAGGCAAAAGCGACACCGCAAGACAAAAGCAAAUCAUACAGUAACUUAAUGGACAAAAACUUGCCACCUGAGCUGCUUGAAGAUUAUGAUUCAAACAAAUGGUCUGAGAGAAGACCAAAACCUAGCAAAUUUUCUCCAAGAUUAUAUGAUGACUACUCUCGAGACAACCCGCUGAAAAGGACCAAUGAAAUUGUAGAAGGCCAAUAUACUCCACAAAAUCUAGCUACAUUACAGUCUGUCUUCCAGGAAUUGGGGAAACUCAAAGGUCAGGCCAAUCAUAAAAGAGAUAGGUUAGAAGAAGACCAAAAACUUUACAAGGAUGAUGAGGAUGACAUGUAUAAAGCCAACAACAUUGCUUAUGAAGAUGUAGCAGGAGGUGAAGACUGGAAUCCCAUUGAGGAGAAAAUUGAGAGCCAAACAGAAGAAGAGUUAAAGGAGAGCAAGGAGGAGGUGGAGAAGACAGAUGAGAUGGAUGAUGAGAUGAAACGUUCUGUAUUGUUGGGUUUGCAGGAUGAGGAACCUGAAAAUGAAAAUAAAGAUCAAGAGUCUGAAAACCUGCCAAACCUGAUGAACUCAUAUUUGAAGAUGUGGUUGAACAGACUUGAAAAGGGUAAACAGAGUACAGAUAAGAGAUCACUAAAAUUCUCAAGCAAAAAUCUAGACCCUGAAUCUAUUUAUCAGUUAAUUGAUCUAUCUAGAAACUUACAAAUUCCACCUGAGGAUCUUAUUGACAUGCUGCAAGAGGAAGAUAGCAGGAAGUUUGCAGGGAAGUUGGAAUCUGAAAAAGAGGUUGAAGUACCAGAAGAUCUGGAUGAGGUGUCAGAAACUAUGACUGAUAAAACGGAUGUGUAUAAAAGUAAGCAGGGAUUUAUAAAGCAUCCCACAACCGCUGUGCUGCCUAAUGGUCCUGAAGAUCUAACAGUAGAAGAUAUGAUGAACCUCAUGGGAGCUGAGAAGUUGCCAAAACAAAAAUAUCCCUUCUUUAAUCGAUUUAACCAAAACAGUGGCUUACCGAGGUCCUUCCCUAUGUUUAGAAAACCUAAAGAACACAAAGUCAUCUGGCCAAGCGACUUAGAAAAAAGACAAAUAGAAUAUGAGCCCAGGUCCGACAGGGAGGAAGAUUUGGCUGACUACGUAGUUAAGAUGCUAGGCAAAUAUCCAGAGCUUCUGGGCAACAAACAAAAUAAAAAAAUACCCGCCCUUUACUCACCAGCUGACAUUCAGGAUCUUGAAAAGCAGUAUGAAAAGGCUUUAAGGGGGUAUCUGAACAUGCAAGGUUACCACGAUUUAGAGACUGCAGCCAUUGGUAAUCGAAGGCUACCCCUUCCUAGGGAAGGUGAUGACACACAAAAUAAGCAGUAUAUAGAUGAGGACAUGCUUAUGAAGGUCUUGGAGUACAUGAACCAAGAGAAAGCAGAAAAAGGCAGAGAUCACAGUGUUAAAAGAUCUAUGGAGAAUAUGUAA